CAUAACUUAAUCAUCGUCGUGCUUUGUGAUUACAUGGAAAGGAAGUUCCAAUCCAGAUUGGUUCGUAGUGAUCUCGAAGAUGAUGACAACGACGACGAUGUGGUUGAGAAUCACAGGACGAAGUUAAAUGCGGCUCUUGCAAGGUUAUGCCGGAUAUCACUGAACGUGUUGACGUUGGACUCCUUCCUCCCAGAAUCAGUGAGGAAGAAUGAUAAGAUCGCAUCGGGCAUGCUGGUCUCCGCGUGGGUCAAUGCUGCUAAGACGAGUUUGCAUGAAGUCAAACAAGCUCUCCACGACAAAAACUUCAAAGAAGUAUCUACGCAAGAUGAACUGACCCAUUUAACUUACCUCCAUGAUGACCACUGCCCUGACCUCAUUUUCUUUCCUGGACAGAUGCUGCAAAAAUUAGAGAAAAUUUCUAUUGUAACGAAAAAAUUUCUAGUUUUGCAGGACAAAUCAAGCAGCGUUGGCCUGCAUGCUCUGGUGUCGGUCUUGGGUGAGGACGAUGAUGUCGUGUAUGUCAAUGUUGGGUCGGCCAUCUCUGCAGGGCACCUGGCCAGCAUCCUGUACAACAGGGGGUCCUCGGUAUAUGCCUUUGGUGUCACUUCGAAGAAACAACUGAAACAGUGCAGUAUGAAUCUCGAGAAGUUGGGAGUUAGAGGUCAGGGUUAUUACUUAAGAAAAAUUAAUCAACAGAUAGAUGGUUGUUUUUUUCUAUUUAAUAAAUAA